AUGAAUCCCGAGAAUGAAUCGCACUUGGAAUCGCUCUUGGACCAAAAUGUUUUCGGUCUUACAUACUGUUUUACACUGACGUUGCUUGGCGAUGCAGACAAGGGCUUAGCCGUCAUAUGCAUGCACUGGAACGAGACCGAGAACCACUUGUUGGCUAUUGUCUACAGCAACCUGAUGUACACCAAUUACGCAGACAAGCAAUACGCAUCCGUAGCCGUGUGGAGUACGAAAAAUCAACAUACUCCAGAAUGGUAA